UUAAAGAAAGUAAGGACUUGGGUUGAUCGAUCGAUCCGUGCACCAGAGUCCAGACGGCCAAAAAGAUCAAGAACCUUCACGUUGCCAACUGGGUUCUUGACUACCAGAAUUAGCUCAAGAUUCUUCUUACAAUUUGCUUCUGAUUUUAUUUCAAUCAUCAGUUUCACUUCAAUUCGAUUUAUACAUCUUUUCCUCCGUCCGGGUCGAUCCAAUUACGAUGCCUUCAAGAAGAAGAACGCUUCUCAAAGUCAUCAUCCUCGGGGACAGCGGGGUAGGCAAGACAUCGUUGAUGAAUCAAUAUGUGAACAAGAAGUUUAGCAAUCAAUACAAGGCAACAAUAGGAGCCGAUUUCUUGACAAAAGAAGUUGAAUUUGAGGAUAGGCUCUUCACUCUACAGAUCUGGGAUACAGCUGGACAGGAAAGAUUUCAGAGCCUUGGAGUUGCUUUUUAUCGUGGUGCAGAUUGCUGUGUUCUUGUGUAUGAUGUGAAUGUUCAGAAGUCAUUUGAUGAUCUCAACAACUGGAGGGAGGAAUUCCUUAUUCAGGCGAGCCCUUCGGAUCCUGAAAAUUUCCCGUUUGUAGUUCUUGGAAACAAAGUUGAUGUGGAUGGUGGCAACAGCAGAGUGGUUUCAGAGAAAAAGGCACGGGCUUGGUGUGCCUCAAAAGGAAACAUUCCAUAUUUUGAGACAUCGGCCAAGGAGGGGAUCAAUGUUGAAGAAGCCUUUCAAGUCAUUGCUAAGAAUGCAUUGAAGAGUGGAGAAGAGGAAGAAAUAUAUUUGCCAGAUACGAUUGAUGUAGGAAGCAGCAAUCAACAGAGGGCAUCAGGAUGCGACUGCUAGAAAUCAAUUUCAAUUCUUUAAGGACUUGUGUUGCUAUCAUCUUGUACUACUACUACUCCUACAAAACGUGUUUUACUUUUACUGUAUUUUGCUCACUUUGUUUGCUGCUGUGUGGAUGGUUGGACUGUAAAUGUGGUUUCAAGUUGUUUCAUGGAGCCUGUGUGUUUGUGUGUGUUUAAGUUUAACCUUCAUAUUAAUGGCAUUGCACUCUAUUUCUUUGA